UAUUCGUGCCCGGAGAGUGAGCCGAGAGGCGGACGUCUGACAAAAAACACAAUUUUGGGGAAGUUUUUUUAGCGGCUCAGACAGAGAGGCUUUAGGAAAGACUCAUUGAUUCUGUUGUGCAUUUCAAGAGUAAUCUACGAUAGCGGUGAUUUUACGAGGUGUAAUGUUUCAGGACCGUACAGCAGCAUGAAACGGAUAGCGCCCUGAGGAAGGCCCGUGUUCUGCAGGCCCAGAGACAGGAGGAGUAUGAGAAGGCCCGGGUGUCCACCACCCGAGUGGAGGAGGAGCAGCUGGGAUCAGCCAAGCUGGAGAAGAGACGCAGGCUGGAGGAGGAGGCUCUGCAGAAGGCGGAUGAGGCCAGAGGCCAACACUACAUCGACUUCGUCAGGAGUCUUCCUGCCCAUUUGGACAGACCCAGUCCUACUCCUUCGAUGCCACUGUCUCGUACUGUAACAGGCUCUGAGGUUCCAGGGCCCGUUCCGAGCCUGGGGAACGGGUAGUCAGGGCGGGGUGGAUGUGCAGUGACUCAGAGAGCACCGGAGGCAGCAGUGAGUCCCAAUCCAUGGAUUGCCCCACCGCCAGCCUAAGGGGACUUCAACAUGAGAUUACGCAGAACCAUUUCCACGGGGACCAUGUCGUCAGCGGAUGACCUGGAUGAGAGAGAGCCACCCUCAGACAACGUGCUUCCUGGCCUGCCAUAAGAAGUGUCUGGAGACCCUGGCUAUCCAGUGUGGUCAUAAGAAACUGCAUGGUAGACUACACCUCUUUGGUGUUGACUUCACCCAGGCAGUCAGGAACAACCCAGAUGGAAUCCCUUUCAUCAUCAGGAAGUGUACCUCUGAGAUCACGCUGGACAUGAAGGGGAUCUACCGCGUGAAUGGUGCCAAGUCCCGUGUGGAGAAGCUCUGUCAGGUAUUUGAGAACGGCAAGGACCUCGUGGAGCUAUCUGACCUUUACCCCCAUGACAUCAGCAACGUGCUCAAACUCUACCUGAGACAGCUUCCGGAGCCUCUCAUCCUGUUCCGUUUCUACAAUGACUUCAUCGGCCUGGCCAAGGAGAGCCAGGACAUCAUCGUGGACGAGGUGGAAGCGUCCAGGGUCAGCCCCGCCUCCAUGACCCCGCCGCAGGUCAGUGUGGAGCUCAAUCGGAUCCUGUUCAAGAUCAAAGACCUCCUGAGACAACACCUGCUCAGGACCCUCCAUCUGACUGGGCCUUCACUGUCUGUCCUAGGACCCUCCAUCUGACUGGGCCUUCACGGUCUCUCCUAGGAAUCUCCAUCUGAGUGUGCCUUCUGGCUCCGCCACAAUGAACGCUGUCUACGGAAUCCCAUUGGCUGGUGUACACAGGAACAGGAAUGGGAGAAGCUGAUUGAAGAGCGUAACACAUUUUUUUUGUCAUUGGAUGCUACAAUGCACUGUAGGGAUGAUGGUUUGCCAACUAAUUAGUGUGUGUGAUAUGUUAUGCCAUCUGUGUGUGUGUGUGUGUGUGUGUGUGUGUGUGUGUGUGUGUGUGUGUGUGUGUGUGUGUUCAUCUCAGUUGUUCCCCCCUGGGCCAAUUCAUGGCCUCCGCGGUGGUAAUAGGCAGUGUUGAAUGGCUCAAUCAGACACGCUGUGGCUGCAAUAGGAAGCCUGAUGGUGAGGUGUCAGAGGAGAUGAGACUGGCCCCCCCGGGCUGUUCCCAUGGUCACAUCCACACACACCUGGCUCCAAAUAGGACGUGGUGGUGGUGCUGGGGUGUGUGUAUAGACCAUCGGGCCUAAGCAGGGUUGGCUGGUGUACAGCUCAGCCCAGGAUACUGACGGGUGGUGUAUCUGCACAGUGGUGGUUCCUGAACAGAACCUCUGCUCCAGAGACGCCAAGGGAAGACAGCUCCGCCAGCUACUGGAGAAGGGUGGUACAGGUGUUGAACUACAGCAGCCGUCUGAUCCUGUUCCUCUUCCCGCUGACAAACACUACGGCAGACAUCUUGCAGGGUUCCCCGCUGAGGAGACUAAAGUACCAGCUGACGAGCUGCCAUUACCAG